CGGGGCCCCGUUAUAUGCCCUAGGGUUGGUUUACCUGCAGCGUCUCCACACACACCCAUCCUCCGGCGCCGCCACCCAACACAGGAAAGGAGAGGAGGAGGGGGCGUGGAUGUCGCACCGUAAGUUCGAGCACCCGAGGCACGGCUCCCUCGGCUUCCUCCCCAGGAAGCGCUGCUCCCGCCACCGCGGAAAGGUGAAGUCAUUCCCCAGGGAUGACCCCAAGAAGCCCUGCCACCUCACUGCCUUCGUUGGCUACAAGGCUGGAAUGACUCACAUUGUGCGUGAGGUCGAGAAGCCUGGAUCCAAACUCCACAAGAAGGAAACCUGUGAGGCUGUCACAAUCAUCGAAACCCCUCCUCUUGUCAUUGUUGGUCUGGUGGCCUACGUGAAGACUCCCCGUGGUCUGCGCUCACUCAACUCUGUUUGGGCUCAGCAUCUUAGUGAAGAAGUGAGGAGAAGGUUCUACAAGAACUGGUGCAAGAGCAAGAAGAAGGCUUUCACUAAGUACGCUCUCAAGUACGACAGUAAUGCAGGCAAGAAGGAAAUUCAAAUGCAGCUUGAGAAGAUGAAGAAGUAUGCUUCUGUUGUCCGUGUUAUUGCCCAUACACAGAUUAGGAAGAUGAAGGGUUUGAAGCAGAAGAAGGCUCACCUUAUGGAGAUCCAGAUCAAUGGUGGUACCAUUGCAGAUAAGGUGGACUAUGGCUACAAGUUCUUUGAGAAGGAAGUCCCGGUUGAUGCUGUAUUUCAAAAAGAUGAAAUGAUUGACAUCAUUGGUGUCACCAAGGGUAAGGGUUACGAAGGUGUUGUCACACGUUGGGGUGUCACCCGCCUUCCCCGCAAGACCCACAGGGGUCUCCGCAAGGUUGCCUGCAUUGGUGCGUGGCAUCCUGCUAGGGUCUCCUACACUGUUGCUCGUGCUGGUCAGAAUGGAUAUCACCACCGUACUGAGAUGAACAAGAAGGUUUACAAGAUUGGCAAGACUGGACAGGAAAGCCAUGACGCCUCCACAGAGUUUGACAGGACUGAGAAGGACAUCACUCCCAUGGGUGGCUUCCCCCACUACGGUGUUGUGAAGGGAGACUACCUCAUGAUCAAGGGCUGCUGCGUUGGCCCCAAGAAGAGAGUGGUCACCCUGCGCCAGUCCCUGCUGAAGCAGACCUCCCGUCUGGCACUGGAGGAGAUCAAGCUCAAGUUCGUCGACACAUCUUCCAAGUUUGGGCACGGUCGCUUCCAGACCACUGACGAAAAGCAGAGGUUCUUCGGCAAGCUCAAGGCCUAAGUUUCCCGUACUCCGCUGCGCCAUGUUGCAUUUGUCAAAAAGAUCAUCGCCUGAUACUUGUUCCCUUGUUUCCUCUGGUACUAAGUUUUGUAGCGGAUGUUUUAAGAACCUGUUCGUCUAUGCAUUGUGGUGUUCUUUGCUA